AUGGCCAUCCACUUUUCAUCAUUGAUGGGUGCUCUUGCUAUUUCUGUUGCCGUCUCCAGAAUCAUGACGGUUGCUGGUCUGCAUAUGAAGUGGUUUGCCAGUAACUACAUUUGCUUGGUACUCUACCUCCCGGCAGCCUUGCUUGGCUUCUUGGUUGCAAGCGUCGCCUUCCCAACGACCAGAAUCGAAGCCCAUCAAGCAUCACUUUUGUUCUUCAGCAUUAUGAGUCUGCUCCCAAUCGGCACUUCAUCCUGGAUGUUUUGCCAGACCCUCAGUUUGCUGUAUGCUGCAAUCCUGCCAGACACACUCGUCAUGUGGUUCACCGGCUCUGCUCAAGCAAUCUUGUUUGGCACAGAAGGCUACUGGUCAGUCCUUGGCAUCUUUGUACCCCUCACAGGUCGACUUGGCGGUGAUGCACCUGCAGAAACCAUUAUUGCCAUUAUUGUUGCUGUGUUGACCUUUUUUGGUCUUCCCUCGCUCCCAGCAUACUUGGCCAGUUUGACACAAGCGACGCGUCAACGAGCGCUGGGCGCCACCAUCAUGACUAUGCUACUAGGCGCACUGCUGCUCUCUACACGUACCGUAUGGGAUGCUGCACACCCACGACGCGUCUUUUCACAACACAUGUACAACUUGACCGAUGGUCUGGCAUCACGGCUGCAAGGUGCUGGGAUUGCGACUGGACAAGCCGUAUCGAUGCCCAUGAAUGAGUGGGUGGCCGAGUGGGAUGUCGUCUAUCCCUUCUCACAAUUCUUGGAUAGCUACAAGGUGCCGCUGGAAACGCCAGCACUGCAAGCGUUGUCAGCUGGCUACGAGACGCCAACGUUAGAAGCGAAGCACCAGGUGCGCAGAGGUGGAUUGGUUGAUCUUGUGCUUGAGGUGAAACAUGCUGGACUCAUCUGGACGGUCAUGUCGUUUGACGCUGAUGUGGUGGAUUGGUCCCUGCCGCGUGGUAUCCAAGGGUAUGGACGUCAUCACGUCAAGCAUGUUGGUACAGAUGGUAUCAGCAGUCAUACGCUGACUAUGACGCUCAAUGCUACACCUGGAUCAAGCUUGUUUAUUGACUUUGUGGGCAUUGACGUGGAAGCCAUGUAUCCGCACAAUAAGCACAAGGCAGGCGCCCUGUCGCACCCUGUCAUGGCACUGUUUCAUGAAAUCCGCAAUGUGCAGGCGCCUACCGAGCGAGACGCCGUCGAUAUGACGAGCUCGGGUAUGCUGGCUGCGAGAUUUGAGGUGAAGCUAUAG